AUGACGUCGAGCAGGUCCUUCAGGGCUUCUAUAAUGCCCUCUAUGCUGCGGUCAAACACAGAUCCUGAUUCUUCAUCUUCUCCUCGAAAGAGCGUAAAAAAGUCAAACACUUCCGAUCUCGCUCACCUGCGUGGUUCAAACAUUGGGUCGUCAAAGUCCACCACAAACUUGCCUCAUAUGGGCUCCAACCUGCAGCAAGACCAAGACGCUGUACAACACAACCGUCCACGUUCCGCCGAGCAAAAGACUCUUCGUAAACGCAACGACUCUACUCAAAAAGUGUCCUUGCCCAAAUCCCAAUCGACGACAAAUCUCUCUCCUACCAAGGGUUCAACUCGCUGGAGAAACAGACUUUCAUCUUUUCUUCCAUCGCUUGUUCUGCCAUCUGAGCCUUCACCAAAAUCUGUACCAACACCUCCGGUACCUGCGGCGCCCUCCGCUCCCGCUUCCGCCGUUACAGCCGCUGUAUCUCCUGCACCCACCAAAUCUUCUUCUCCCACCGAUACCUCGACCACCACUAACACCGCUGCAACCCCUCCUACAACCGUUGACGAUAGCGCCUCAUCUACCACUCCCAGCAUCAUCGACCCCACCGUCCGGAUGACGAGCGAUUACCACGACGCCCUCACUCACCAGGCUCAUGGUCAAUACCAGCCAGGCCAUGCUGGUUCCCCGCCUAGUCCGGACUCGAUCCCAACCCGCGGCAGCGACAGUCUCGAUGGCCCAUUAAACCCUCAGCCUCAGAUCAUGGCACCGAUUCCUCCAUCUCCAGAGGUCCAGAGGGCCACCAUGAGCCCCCAGGAACCUAACAUGCCGCCUCCUCCGAUUCCCACUUCUCCUUCAGAUAAUGUCAGCAGUGGUAGUGGAAAGUUGCGAAAGGAAAACCCCGCCGCGCGAUCACGAAGUGGCUCUCUCCAGCACACAUCCAGCAACUCCAAUGGUGACUCCAUCCAGGCUCUCAAGACUCGACAAACUUCUCCAGCUCCUGAUCGUGGUCGCCGCGCAUCUUCAGUCCAGUCUCCCAACAGCCGCAAUAACAACACCAAGAGCCGCGUAGUUUCCACACCCCUCGCCAUCAGACCAGGUUCAUCAAAGGGUGAUGCGAGCCAGAGCCCGACGCGGGGUCGCCUCCGAAGAAGUUGGUUGCCCGGUGGAAGAUCGCGAUCAAACUCGAUGGACGUCUCCAACGCAAAUGCCUCAACCGCGUGGGUACUGUCCGACGAUACACAGGCUGAGUACAAUGCUUCGUUUCUCAAGAACGGAGAAAAGGUUCCGGAACUAUGGAACGAAAGCGGAGCUGUUCUUGUCUACCUUUACCCCAAAGGCAGUGGCUUUGGGCCGUCUUUCAAGGUUCAAGAAUUCACAAUCAGCUCGUCCUGGGUUUUCAAUGAACUUAUUCAGCGAGAGCGAGAGAUGCCUAUGGGUAGGGACCGAACUAGGAGUUUCAGUGGUCGUGACAGCCUGACGGCAGAAGAUGCGAACCGAUUUAUCUCCUCACCAACCUCCCCUCCUGUUCCGGAUGACGGAUAUGAUGACUGCCUCCACCUGUAUCUUCCCAAUGGAACUCCCGGCCAAGAGACACCACCCGACAUGGAUCGCUUGAUUGCUAUCCGCAACCUGUUCGCCUUCUUGACUGGACAGCCUCUCGUUGCGACCAAGGCUCGCCCUACCAACUUCCAUGCUUUCCUGGAGAUUUCAAAACUUUUGGAAGAAUACGGCUUCACGAGUUAUGAUGGAACCACCUUUGGAGACGCUGUUGAUCUCAGUUUCGGGUUUUAUAUGGACCAGCAUGCGCUUGCAGACUGCCGGAACAGCCGGGAGAAGACUCUCGAGGCAUUGAUUCUGGGCGAGCGCAUGCGAUCAGCCGAUCUCUACAAUGAGGCAUUUGCCCAUGCUGCGGGCAAGCUUCCGGCUAUCCAAGAUCUGAAACUUCCUCUGUGGAACCAGGUUUCGGAAAAGACACGCACGAACUUGGAACGUGCCAGUACCGAUCUGAACAACCGACAGCAUAAUGCCAAUAUGCACCUGGAACAAUUCGAAUUCCCUGCACUUUUCUCAGGUAUUGCAAACUCAACUUCCAUGUCAGAGCUUAGAAGCGUCCGCUUCAAGGUGUGGAAGCAGUCAUUCACCAAAAUGCGCAAUUUCGCUCUGAGCUACUACAAGACAGCAUUCGGCAACUGGCCACCCAAAGCCAGCAGCAAGAAGAACCCAUUCUCCGAGAGCGGCCUCAACAGACUUGUCCUCAAGGUUCUGUAUUCUGACAUGUGCGCUCUUUAUGACUUGCUCGUCGACCGCACCAACCGAACUUCGAGAAUCAUGGAUGCUGUCCCUGAGCUUUCUAACGAUCCCGACAAGAUGAUCAUGUCUGCAUUGCGAAACAUCAUGUCCGAAUUCGAUCGCUCAAAGCCGCCUGUUCUUCCUCCCAUUCCUUACGAUUGCCCGCAACUGCCCACUGCGACAUCUAUCCUGGAAACUUACGAUACACUGUCGCCAAAGAAACAGGCAAAAUUCGACAAGAACCUCAAGGAACAUGAACUCAUGCUCAUGUUAAACAAGGCUUACAAUUACGAUACUAACGCCACCAAGGUUCCUUUCUUGGACAAGUUCAAGGAGUUUGAGCUUCGUGAGGCUCGAGGCAAGACGCCUCAAGAUUUUGCUGACCAGCGUAUUGGUUACUGGCUGUUCCUUUACGUUGUCAUCCAGUCACUUCCUGUCUUGGUUGUGGAUGCUCCAGGCAUGCAGUUCACUGAAGGUGUUGAGUACUUCCUCUGCGAGCCUCCUCUGGGUAACCCUCCUUGGGUCCCCGAUCAGCAAGUGAAGAAGAUGUGGUAUGAAGUGGCUGGCACAGGUGGCUUGGUCGAGCUCUCUCAAGAUGCCGUUCUUUUCAGCGUGGAAGCCACUUACCACCGAAGUCACUGCUGGCUUGCUGCUACCCAGUGGGAGAGCGGCGCUUCAGGACUUCAAGCCCAGGCACCAACGGAACCUUCGCUGUCUCCUUUGCAGCCCCCACGGUCCAUGUUCCUGGAUGAGGGCUUUAUGCCCACACCACCACCAUCCUUCGGCAACGGCUACAACACUCCUCCAUCUCCUAUUGGCAGCCCUUCGGGCUCUCUUCGCCCUCGAACUCACUCGCCCGGCGGAAAUCGAGCCAAUCAAGCUUGGCGAUCCAGUAUUGCCUUGGGAUUGGAGCCUGUACCUCUCCAGCCCCCAAGCCCAUUCGGAGAGCGCAGCAGUUCUCUUGGUGGACGCCCUCCCAGUCUUAUGAUGGGUUCGCGGAACUCAUCUGUUGGUAACCUGGCAGCCUUUGGCCACCAGGGCUUCCCUCAAACAGAGUCACCUCCUCCCGAGCAGACGGGCGCAACCUUUGACGAUAUCUUGCGCAGUGAUGCCAUGAAGAAAGAGAAGAAGAAGAGCCGCUUUUUCUAA